GUUGUCAACGUUUUGGCUGGGUUAAACAAAUUUUUGGACCGAGCGCUGUCGCCUUUAAGGCACACUUAAGGGUUGUUGCGGCUAGGACAUUUAAGCGUAAUUAGGUUACAGACAGGGGGGAGGGGGGACUGGGGACUACCAGUCAAGUAUGCCACUCUAUCUCUAGAAAUAUGGAAAAGCACAUGUGUCUUAUUUUUAAUAAAACAAUCGUCAACUUUUUUAUGUAGACUUCAUUCUUUUGCAUUUUUAAACCUUCCUAAUCUACUGAAUGAAACAUUUUUAAAUUUUUUAAACAAAAUAGCUUUUAAAUAUUGGGUUGGGAACAUGAAUUACAAGUCCAAACUCCAAGGCUUUCAGGGCGCUUCGCGCCAAUCUUCUAUUUUAAUUUGUAUGCAUUGUAAAACAAAAUCAGAAAAAAGUUUGCGGAUUUUGAAAAUUUAAUGAAAAUUAAAUUUUGUUGGAGGCUGAUUUUCGAAACUUUGAUCGUUUAUAACCCUUCCUUGGGGUCAUGAGAGGUCCCAGACAAAAUGUGGGCCCGAUCGGUUUAGCCGUUUUGAUGUUUAUCGGAUACAAGAAACAGACAAACAGAGCAAUGCCUGUUCAUCCUACAGUGAAGAACUCCCAAAACCAGGGAAACUUUGAUAAGUAUCGAGAUAUUAGACACAACUCAAAAUACUGCAACCAGGAAGUAAAGCAGUUUGAAUUCUCAGGGGGUUUAACUACAGUUGGACCAGGUUCUAGCUCCGGAACAAGAAUGAUUCUACAGGACUCUUCCAAUGAUGGUGAAGCCCAGUCUGUCCCUACAACCUGGAAUAGUUUCUACG